AUGUCAGAGUUCCGAAAUCUCAAGAAACGAAAAAUUGUUCAAGAUAACGAAGAAGGCGACGACGAAAGAAGCGCAGGUGUUUCCAAAAAACCACGUUACUAUGAAGUUGUGUCACGUAAAAUACAUCGAAAUGUACGCGACACAGAACCACUCACUUCAUCACUGUUGAGCACAAAAGAACACCGUUACAAGCUUUGCAAUACCGAAGAGGGAGACUGCGCAAGAGCAAUAAUUUCGGAUCGACAUCUUCCCAAUCACUGUCGGGCGGCAAAUGUAAUAAAUGAGAUGCACGAAGACACCGAAAAUAACUUGAGAAAACUUGAAUCAAUGGUUACACUUUUCAAACAAAAAUGCAUACCCUAUUCUUCGUGGAAGUCAAUUGACGAAAGUUAUCAUGAGGCUACUUCUACAGCAACGAACAGUCUCGAAUCGGUUACGAAGCUGUUUCAGACAAAGAAAUACGAACAGAUACUUCACCCGCAGGGUGGUACGAGUAAAAUGUUAAAACAACGUGCUAUCCUGGGUAAUUAUUAUUACAAAAGAGAAGCAAGGACGCGACAGUUUCUGGAAAGUGACAAGAUUUGUGAUUUUUUUCUUAAGUGA